UUCGUUGAAAAUAUGUUCACACACAAUUACAAAAACCAAAUAUAUAAAAAGCAUUCCAAAAGGGACAAAAAUAAAACUAAAAAAGUGUUGACCAAAUGAUCAAUUUUAACUUUACCAAUGUUUUGACAUCAUCCGCCUUAGAUUACGCCCUUGAUUCAGAUGGUGAGGAAUACAUUGCCUCCACUCCUAGCGGCUCGGUGCAUCAAAGUUUCUCGCGCACCUCGCUGCUGCUGCUCGAUUACAAGCAGUUUUUGGCCGCACGGCGUAUUCAGACUCUCUGGCGGGGCCAUCACGUACGCAAACUGCACGAUAGGCGCGUGCAGGCGGCCAUCACUAUUCAGCGCUGGUGGCGCGGCUUUAGCGUGCGCCGCAAUUUCAAGUCGUCGAUCGAGGAGAGGCUGCAGCAGGCGCUGAUCGAUAGAUAUAAUGAAGCGGCGACCAAAAUCCAGUCCCUGUUCCGCGGCUGGUAUGUACGUCAGACGGUGCACGAUAUGAACAGUCUGCGGAACAUGCAACACUGUGCCGCCGAGGAGCUGCUCAGCUGUCUGGCCUACAAGCUGCAUCAUCUGCUACGCACCUAUUCCAUACCGGGCGUCUACUCGCUGCGCAAUUCACACUGUCUAUCCAAGGUGGAGAAGCUGCUGACCAGCAUGACCUAUCGCUUUCAUAACGUCCACGUUGCCUACAAUCAUGCGCGAAAGGCCUCUUCGAGCAGAUAUUAUCGGGAACAGUUUAAGCAAAACAAAUACCACACGAAGGUGCCCUAUUCUGGUCCCAAUUUCAAUAGCUUGUGCAAGCCGGCCUGCGAGGAGUCCGUCUUUGCAACCAAGGACAUGGAUCGUCGCAUGUUCAAGAUAAUUGCUGAAUAUGAAAAGGGUCAAGUUGAUCCCAAAUUAAAAAAGUUGCAAAGGAGUGUGGCUGGCCAUAAAUUUCGCAAGCGAGUGGAGAAAAUCUUGGCGGCUAGAGAAAAAGUACAGUCUGACUUUUGCGCCGAUGUCAUCGGGAGCAUGCGCAAAUGGAAAAUUUGGGAUGGUCAAUCGCUAACGAUAAACAAUGAUGUCUUCCGGAAUCCCGAGAAUCUGGAAAGUUUUCUUGCCGAUGCCGCAAAAUUAAUCGAUGAGUAUCAAGCCACAUGCCAUUGUCAAAUAACUAAUUUUGAUAAGCUAUAUUGUUUUUGAUUAGCAUUACCCGUUUGGCUUUUUGUGUCUCUGAUAGAGUUAGGCACGUGUCGUGUCACGAACACGCACGACUCGCUUCACGUUGGGGAGUGCGGCUCGUGCGUGUUCGCACGAGCACGACCCAAUGGACCUUACAUGUUGCCACAAUAAAAUUGUAUGUGAGUACUAGAAA